AUGAAUAAGAUCGAAGGUCAAUGUAUCAACCCAAUCGUACACAAAAGCCCAGCAACUCGGGCCCAGUGUAGAUGGCCCAAAGUCCAAAUCAAGAUACAGCCGAAGUUUGAUAUACGUGGGGCAGUAGACCAAUGCCUGGCAGCCGUGCCACUCGUCGAAGCUGCAUUUCGAUCGGGAUUCGACAAGAAGUAUGAUACGCCGAUUCAUGGAAGAAAGGGUAAUCAUUGA